AUGGCUUCAUAAUAAUAUAUGUAGUUCUUAUAGAGUCAUGAAAAUCAAAGGUUUAAUGAGAUGAAAUUAAUUGAGCAAGAAUAAUAUUAUAUCAAUCUAUUAAAAGAGUAAAGGGAAAAGGUAUUAUAUUUUAUUGAUUAAUGAUAGAUGGAAUUAUUAAAAAAUGAAUUUUUAAAGAAAGAUCAAGUGAUUGUUGAUUUACAAAGUUAGAUAAAUGAAUUAUGGGAAGAGAAUGAAUAACUUAAGGAGAUUUAUUAGAAUUCAAUUUAGAAGAAGGAAUAGGAAUUUUAUCGAAUGAAUAAAUUAUAAUAAGAAAAAGACAGUUUAAUAAAAGAUAUGAUAGAAUUAAAGGAUAUGAUAGAUCAUUUGAAAUAAGAGAAUGAUACUUUGAAUGUAAGAAAAUAAUAAGAAAUUUAAUAGACAUUAUACAUAAAAAACGAAGAUUAAUAAAGAUAAUUAUAAGAAUAAUUAAUUAUUUUAGGAGAAGAGAAUAGCCGAUUAAAGACUGAAAUACUAAAAUUAGAUGAGAUUUUAUUUUCAUGUGAACCUUUAAGGGUUGAAAAUGGAAAAUUAUAAGAAAAGUUAUAAUACUAUAAAUUAGAGAAGAGAAGACUUUAAUAAGAUAUGAAAUAAAGCAAAUAAGAAAUUAAUAAAUAAAUAGAAGAAUUUAAGUCAGUAGUAACUAAAGAUUUUUAAAACGAAAUGGAAAGAUUAUAAGAGUAUAAGGAAUGUUAUUUAUAAUUAAAUUAAAAAUUAUAAGAUUUAGAAGAGAAGUGUAUGAAUUUAACUGAUGAAAAUAAUCAAUUAAAAUAAGAGAUCUAAUCCUUAUAUUAAAAGGAAGAAAGUGAUAUCAAAAUGAAAUCUGAGAUAGAUAGAGUAAAUAAUUUAUUUAUAUGAAUAGGUUAGAUAAGAUCUAAUGUCAGUAAGACAAUAAGAAACAUAAAAAUUAUAAGAACUAUUUAAUGGUAUGAUAAGUUUGGGCAGUUUAGCAAACUCAAGGGAAUAAUUUUAUUGA